AUGCCAUCCCAAAGCAAUAAUGUUAUUACAUCUUCUACAGCCUCAUCAUCAAUGAGUUCGUCAUCCAAUAGUUCUGAUGCAUCAUCAACAUCAUCGUCAAACACCAACAAUGCACAUUCCUCCAACAACCAAUUUGUGAGUGGCCAAUUAAAUUUAGUUGGAAAUACUCACACAAAAAUUAAUGAUAAUUAUGAAAUUAUUUCAAAAAUAGGUGAAGGUAUUUCAGGAUCUGUAUUUAAAGCAAUUAAAAAAGGUACAGAAGAAAUGGUUGCACUUAAAAAUUUUAAAGGUUGGACUGAAGGUGAUAGAGCCUCAAAGGAAGAAUGUUCAUUAUUACAACAAUUAAGACAUAUUCCAUAUAUUACACCAGUCAUCGAUAUCUAUACAAAUUUUGAAACCUCAGAGUAUAUCAUUGUAUUUCCAUACUUUGAACAUGAUCUCUCUGGUCUUUUAAGUGAACAUAGACUAUCAAUUCCACAAGUUAAAUGUUAUUUCAAACAAUUAUUAGAGGGUAUAAAUGAAAUUCAUAAUGCUGGUGUUAUGCACAGAGAUAUUAAAGCUGCAAAUUUACUUGUAAAUAAUAAAGGAUCAUUAUUUAUUGGUGAUUUAGGUACAGCAACAUCAUAUACAAAAAGAUCAGUAUUUUCAAGUAAAGUUGUAACAUUAUGGUACAGAGCACCAGAAUUAUUAUUGGGAUCAACUCAAUAUGGACCAGAAAUUGAUAUGUGGUCAAUUGGUUGUGUUUUAAUUGAAUUAGUUACUUCACGUAACUUUUUACCAGGUAGUUCUGAACAACAACAGCUCGAGGCAAUUUGUAAAUUAUGUGGUACACCAACUGAUGAAAUUUGGCCAAACGUUUCUCAAUUACAAAACUUUAAUCAAAUUUCACAUUUACCAGUUUAUCCAAGUAGAUUAAGAACUGUUUUUAAAAACUUUUCAAAUGAUUUUAUAGAAUUAUUAGAAGGUUUAUUAACAUUAAAUCCAAAGAAAAGAUUAACAGCUGAACAAGCAUUACAAUCACCAUUUUUUACAAAUCAUCCAUUACCAUUUAAACCAGAGAAUAUGCCAGGUUAUCAACCAAUUCAUGUUUUGGAAGCAGUUCAAAAGAGAGUUCAACAACAACAAGAAUUGGAACAACAAAAGAAACAAGAGGAACAAAAGAAACAACAAGAGGAACAAAAGAAAUUAGAAGAUCAAAAGAAACAAGAGGAACAAAAGAAACAAGAAGAUCUAUUAAAGAGACAAAGAUUGUUAAAGAGACAACAAGAAUUAAAGAAACAACAAGAUGAACAACGUCAACAAGAAUUAAUCAAAAAACAACAAGAACAAGAACAAUUAAGAUUAAAAGUUGAACAUGAAAAACAAAGACAAGAACAAGAAAGAUUAAGAUUAAUUCAACAAGAACAAGAAAGAUUAAAAAGACAACAACAAGAACAUGAACAAAGAUUACAAAGAGAACAACAACAACAAUUAAAUCAACUACAACAACAAAAAGAAUCACCUUUAAAUAAUAGUUAUGGUAAAAUUAAUUUAAAGAGAUCUUUAGAUUUAGUUAAUGAUAUUAGAAAUUAUUGUACAAGUGAAACUGAAAGUGAAUAUGAAAGUGAUGAAGAGGACUUUUAUACUGAAGAAGAAGUUGAAGAUUAUUCAAGUGAUGAAGAAGAUGAUUAUUAUAAUGCUCAAUCAAAUAAAUCACUUUAUACUCCAAUUAAAGCAAUGAUUCAACAACAUAAUAAUAAUCAACAACAUCAACAACAAUAUCCAUAUAGUCAACAACAACAAGAACCAAUUUCAUCAAAUCCAUUUUUACAACCACCAAAGAAACAAAGAACUGCAUCAACAGGUUUCAAUAAUAACAAUGGUAAUAAUAAUAAUAACAAUAAUUUAUCAACUCCACUCACUAUUCAUUAA